AGUGAUGAAGAAAACUGUGACGCACCCUUCAUUCAGUCACAGACGCAAGUGGAUGAUGAACUGGAAGAAAUGCCUGAACAGAGUUUGCAAAAUAUGAAUGAGACCACAUCAGAUGACAUACUAUACGCUAUAAAGGAAAAUCUAGAGACUGAAAACAUUCUAUCAACAUCUGUGAUAUCUCAUUUGCACAAUUCCCAUGUCAACCUGGAAAGUAUUUUUUCCCAUUUAACAGGUGUAUUGAAUGUGGAAGAAGUACUACAUUUUGGGUCGUCCUUAAAAUCUGAAGUAGUAAAUAACGAUAUCAUUUCAUGUUAUGUCCGGCAUUUACUUUUAAAAAAGCUGUCUGAAGAGUUUUCUGAACAACUUCAGUCUACCUUCAACGAAUUUUGUAAAAAAUACCCCAGUAUACUGAAAGUAGAAAUCUCAAGUAUUUUAAUGAACACAAAGGAGAGCUGUUCCAAAGUUUUCCUUCAGUUUUUAGAUGGACUGGCAGAUGAAUUCAAAUCAAGUAUAUUAAAGAACUUCAUAUUCAGCUGUGAGGAUCUCCAGUUACAUCACAUAAGCCUUAUCGAUAUUUUAUUGAACAGUCAAGUAGAAAUAGAAUCAUUGAAUAAAUUAGUCGAGAUAAUGUCCUUUGCUGCAGAUAAAUACACCACCGAAAAGACUUUUGGAAAAUUAUUAAUGAAUGCAUUGAAAUUACUAGGAAAAAAUGUUGCCCUUUUGGAAAAGCCAUUGAAUCACAUUAUUGCAUCACACAGGUCUGUUUGGAAAUCAAAAAUACAGAAAAUUUUUGAUGAAAACUUUGAAGAUAAUAGCAUGGUGAUGACUCAGUCAUUCAGGUUUUAAUAUUUAUUCCAAAGUAAUGAAAACUCUAUUUGUACUUUUGCAUAGUAAUAAAUUGAACAAAACAUUGCAA